AUGGAAUCAAAUUUUGUGCGAGCCGAUAACAGCAACUUGCCUAAGAUAGACGGAUUUAUGGUUGCAGAUUUCUUUAAGAAUAACGCUGAUUACUAUGCUGCAGAACAUAAGAAUGUGAAAACAGCAGUGUCUGCAAGGGAAUCCUAUGGAGACGAUGCGAUUGGCUAUGUCCAACUACAACGGGAGCAUGGGGUUUGUACAGUUAAGUGUAAAAUGUGCCCAGAGCAUAAAGUUAGAACCAAACCAUAUAAUGUGACGAUGAUUAUUAAUGAAAAUGACAGCGAAAUUAUGAGCUGUCAAUGCCACGACUGUGCUGCUUCAGCUGGAGGAUGCAAGCAUGCAGUUGCUUUUUUGAUGUGGGUCCUUCGCCGUUCUGAUGUAGACAUGCGCGCCGCGCCGGCGCCGCCGCGCCACGCCGCGCCCUGCCCACGCCGCGCCGCGCCGACAAAUCCGAUCGGCGCGCCGUGA